AUGCAGGCCAUGAUUGAGGCAAGCUUCCGCCCCGUGGAGUUCGCGCUGGGCCCCCCCGAGAACGUGUCCGUGUUGUGUCCCGUGCACAAGGUCGAGAAAUGCGCGGACUGCGACGUGGACUACGCCGGCUUGAACCGCCUGUCGCGCACGCUGCACACCAACACCAACCUGCGCUGCCCACCACCUCCCAACUUGGUAAACAAGCAGCUGACGCAGGCGGUCACAAACACAAAGGAGGAAGGCAAUGCCUUGUUCAAGGGCGGACUAUAUGACAAGGCCAUUCAGCGGUACACAAUGGCCGCAAACGUUGCAACUCAGCGCGCGCCCUGGGAACACCAAGCCCUCCUGCGCGAGGAGUUGGCCACUGUCCUCUCCAACCGCGCUGCUGCAUAUCUCGAGGCAGGCGACUACAUCGCAUCCCUUGUUGACGCCGAGGUUGUCAUCCAGCUGAGGCGCAACUGGAGCAAAGGCUACUUCAGGAAGGCCAAGGUGCUCGUGAAGAUGGAUCGAAAGAGCGAGGCCAAAGAGGCCAUUCAGGUUGGGCUAGCCUUCGAUCCUGACAACAAAGUAUGUUCUUCUGUGCGCUUGUUGGUGUGUGCUCAUCUCAACUUCGUCCCAGGAACUGCAAGACGUACUCGCACGAAUCGAUUUCUUCCUCGCCAGGAGAGAGUCCAGUGA